CAAAACAUAUUUUAUUUUAGUUUUAAUUUUCUUAUAUUUUUGUUUAAUAGCUAAGCCCUUGGCAAUAGUUCCCAUCAUAGCCCAAGAGAAGAGCACCAGAGGCACCUUGUCCGUCGUGACUAUCACACAAAUUCUGGUCUACACGCUUGAUUUUACAGGGUAGAAAGAAGUAGAGAAGAAUAUGAAUAAGGAUAAGAUCUUCAAGCUAGCAAAGGGGUUCAGAGGAAGAGCCAAGAAUUGCAUUAGGAUAGCAAGGGAGAGGGUGGAGAAGGCCUUGCAGUAUUCCUACAGAGACCGACGUAACAAAAAGCGGGACAUGCGUUCCCUUUGGAUACAAAGGAUUAAUGCCGGUACCCGCCUUCAUGGUGUCAAUUAUGGGAACUUCAUGCAUGGACUGAUGAAGGAGAAUAUCCAACUUAACAGAAAGGUUCUGUCGGAGUUAUCUAUGCAUGAACCCUAUAGCUUCAAGUCCCUGGUAGAUAUAUCACAUAGUGCAUUUCCAGGAAACAAGAAUGUGGUGGUUCCUCCAAGAAAGGUGGCCCUCUAGAGCAUUUGGCACGUUAGCAAAUAUUUAGAGGUAGUUUAUAUCAGUAUCGUUAAUUAUCUUCGAGGAUUUCAGGUUUAGUUCACUACAAAUUACUAUCAAUUUUGUAUGCCUGUACUUCUUCACAUACUCUUGAGUACUUUUUAACUAGAUGAUCUUCCUCCUCUGAUUUCCCUUUCACUUGCUUGGGUGUCUGUGAUAUUGUAUAAUAAAAAACCUUGAGCAAAGGUAUGGUUGGCUAUAUUUUGAUCAUUUGCUGCCAUUAUAGCGUUUGGAGUGUGGACAGAGUGAAAUAGAACGGUCUGUUCUGUGCUGCUGUUCCUCUUGCUUCCAUCUU